UAAGUAUUAGAUAUGUACAUAUCAUGAAAUAAAGUGAUAGGUAUGUAAAACCCCUACUUUUUCACACUUACCCAAUCGUAUUCAGUCUCCGAUUCUUGCAAGAAUUCUCCAUGAACUGCCUUCAGAAUCUUCCCAAAUCAUUGGCGUCUCCCCUGUCGAGAACGAAGUGGUGUUACUCGAGAAGAACUCCGCCGUCGAGAUUGGAAAUGAAUCGAUCAAAUCUUCGGGUUCCAUCCCAUCUCCGCGUUAAUGUCGCCACGAAUUCAUAUUCAGGUUCUGCUCAGAGCAGCGAGAAGGGUGGUGUUGAUUUGCAAGAAGAGAAAUCUGAAGUAUAUAGUAGUAACAUGACUCAAGCUAUGGGUGCAGUGCUAACCUAUAGGCAUGAACUUGGAAUGAACUACAACUUUAUUCGCCCAGACUUAAUUGUUGGUUCUUGCCUACAGACUCCAUCGGAUGUGGACAAGCUUAUCAAAAUUGGAGUUAGAACCAUAUUUUGCUUGCAGCAGAACUCAGAUUUGGAAUAUUUUGGAGUUGAUAUCCAAGCGAUUGAAGAUUAUGCUGAGAAAUGUGAGAAUAUUGAACAUGUUCGUGCAGAAAUUAGGUAAAAUAUUUUGCUUUUUUGAUUUUAAAGAUUUUGUUAUUCUAGUAACUUCUCA